CACCCCUUCCCCCCACCACACCCCCCAUCCCUCCACCCAGGUCACCAUGGCGACUGGCACCACCACCACUGCCCGUGAGCAUCUCCUGGUGGUGCGGAGGCGCAGCCCACACAUGCGCUACACCUUGAGCCCGGAAAACCUCCGCAGCCUUUCGACGCAGGGUGGAUCUGGAGGGGGGAGCUCUAGAGGUGGAGCGCCCGAACCGAUGGGCCUGCAGCGGGCUAACAGCGAUACUGAUCUGGUGACAUCAGACAGCCGUUCCUCCUUAACGGCAUCUACAUACCAGUUCACGCUCGGACGAGGGCAAAACCUGGUCAUCUCUUGGGACAUCAAGGAGGAGGUGGAUGCCACUGACUGGAUUGGGCUCUACCACAUUGAUGAGACGUGUCCUGCUAAUGUUUGGGACUCAAAGAACCGCGGGGUGAACGGCACUCAAAGAGGGCAGAUCGUCUGGAGGUUGGAGCCUGGACCAUACUUUAUGGAGCCUGAGACCAAAAUCUGCUUCAAAUAUUACCAUGGAGUGAGCGGAGCACUGAGGGCCACGACACCCUGCAUCACUGUCAAGAACCCCGGAGUCACUGUAGGGGCAGAAGGGCAGGUGGAUGGACAGUCUGUCACUGAACACUGCAGGAAAUUGGUCAGCUUUACUUUAUCAGAUAUCAGGGCUCAGGGUCUGAAGAAGGGCAUGUUUUUUAAUCCGGACCCGUAUCUAAAAAUGAGCAUCCAACCAGGCAAGAGGAACGACUUCCCGACGUUCAGCCACCACGGCCAGGAGAGACGAACUUCCAUCAUAUCCAACACCACCAACCCUGUGUGGCACGGAGAGAAGUACACUUUUGUUGCACUGAUGACAGACGUUUUGGAAAUCGAGGUCAAGGACAAAUUUGCAAAAAGCCGCCCGAUCAUCAAACGCUUUUUAGGUCAGCUGAUAAUCCCGGUGCAGAGACUACUGGAGAGACACACAGCCGGGGAUCAACAUGUGAGCUACACACUUUGUCGUCGUCUACCAACAGAACAUGUGAGUGGACAACUUCAUUUCCGGGUGGAGAUCACCUUCAACGGGCAUGAAGAUGCCAUGGGGUCUCUGCUGGGAGCCUCCGCUAUGAAUGGAGAUCCUGGCAGCCCAUCGGACGACGAAGACAUUCUUCAUCCUGUGUCCCGCAUGGUCAGGGGCCCGUCGCCCACGGGCUCUGAAGGGUCUCUACAUGGUGAUGCUUUUAGGCCUGACGAGUGCAUGAUGGACCCUGAAGAGGAUCGGCUCUUGAGAGACGGAGCCCCAGAUUUGGUUGAAGGAGCCCCAGCUCAUACUCAUCGCCAGGCCUCGCUUAAUGACUACCUGGAUGCCAUUGAGGCCCCCAAGCCCCCUGGGGACAGACCGCUUGGGGCCUCCUCUCCUAAACUACGGUCAAGUUUCCCCACCGACACGCGGCUCAAUGCAAUGUUACAUAUAGACUCUGAUGAAGAUGAGGAAGGGCACGCCUCCCGGGAUACAGCAUUGACCAAUGGGACGCCGCGGCCUGAAGGACACGCCUCCUCUGAAAGAGGCAAAGGGGAGGGGGCUGUGAAAAACAGGGAAGGGCUUGAGUCAGAAGCGGCAAGCAGUGCUACAGAUACUGAAGCCACACCAUCAGUGUCCAGCAGUGGCACCACCAAGAGCCAAAAUGGCGGCGGUGCUGAGGGUGGUCAGGAAGCAGCUGCCAUUUCGGGAGACUUGACCCAAAGCGUCGGCAGAUCUCAGCAGCCAGCUCUUCAAAUACAGAAUGAGGAAGUAGCCACAGCUCAGGUGUCCUCCAGAACUGAGGCUCCUGCAGUCUCAGAGGUCUCAGCGCCUGCCAUUUAUACAAUCAAUGAAGAGGGCGGAGCCACAGCGGCAAAUCAGCCAGAACCUGUGAGCUCCAGUGAGAUGGCCAAUCAGGAAGAGGAGGAUGAAGAUAUCUGGCAGAGGAGGCAGAGUCUGCAGGCAUCAGGGAAUGAAUCACAGGCCGAAGCGAUGGAAUUAACCAAUGAAGUGAGGAGAGCGGCUGAUGAAGCGCAGGCUGCUAUGGUAACAGAUGGAGAGACAGGCGCCUGUGCUCAAGUGAACGGCCACCAGCCAAUGCGCUCUCUCCCAUCAGUUCGGCACGACAUCAGCCGCUAUCAGAGAGUGGACGAGCCUCUUCCUCCAAACUGGGAGGCUCGUAUUGACAGCCACGGCAGGAUUUUCUACGUGGAUCAUGUAAACCGAACCACAACCUGGCAGCGUCCCACGGCUCCACCUGCACCUCAGGUCCUGCAGAGAUCAAACUCCAUUCAGCAGAUGGAGCAGCUCAACCGCAGGUAUCAGAGUAUCCGGAGGACAAUAACCAAUGAGAGGACAGAGGAACAGGCCGCAGAGAUGCCAACAGAUGACCUGACAACAUCUGACCUGCUGCAUCACUCCAUACCUGAGUAUCGGCGGGAUGGUGUUGUUGUACCCACCAGCUCUCGCUCCCGCCUGACUCUGCUGCUUCAGUCCCCCAGCGCCAAGUUUCUCACCAGCCCGGAUUUCUUCACCGUACUGCAUUCCAACCCUAGUGCCUACCGCAUGUUUACAAGUAACACGUGUCUAAAACACAUGAUCAGUAAAGUGCGACGGGACGCGCAUCACUUCGAGCGCUACCAGCACAACCGAGACCUGGUUGCCUUCCUCAACAUGUUCGCCAACAAACAGCUGGAUCUGCCACGGGGCUGGGAAAUGAAACACGACCAUACGGGAAAGCCUUUCUUCGUGGAUCACAACUGCAGGGCGACCACAUUCAUCGACCCCCGGCUGCCGCUGCAGAGCGCCCGUCCCAGCAGCCUCCUCGCCCACCGCCAGCAUUUGAGUCGCCAGCGCAGCCACAGCGCAGGAGAGGUGGGCGAUGACCCUCGGCAUGCUGGACCCGCUGUACUGCCACGCCCCUCCAACACCUUAACAGCCAAUCGCAACCAGUGUCAAGACUUAGUUCCUGUUGCCUAUAAUGAAAAAAUAGUGGCAUUUCUGCGGCAGCCGAACAUAUUUGAUAUCCUUCAGGAGAGGCAGCCUGAGCUCAUUAGGAAUCACUCACUCAGGGAGAAGGUGCAGUUCAUUCGCAAUGAAGGAGCGUCAGGAUUGGCUCGUCUCUCCAGCGAUGCAGACCUAGUGAUUUUGCUCAGUUUGUUUGAAGAGGAAGUGAUGUCGUAUGUGCCACCUCAUGCCUUACUGCACCCCAGCUACUGCCAGUCACCGCGAGGGUCUCCAGUCUCCUCUCCUCAAAACUCUCCAGGUACACAGAGAGCCAACGCUCGAGCCCCUGCGCCCUACAAACGAGACUUUGAAGCCAAACUUCGAAAUUUCUAUCGCAAGCUUGAGACUAAAGGCUAUGGACAGGGUCCUGGCAAAGUCAAGCUGAUAAUCCGCAGAGAUCAUCUACUGGAGGACGCCUUCAAUCAGAUCAUGUGCUACUCUCGCAAAGAUCUCCAGAGAAGCAAACUCUACGUCAGCUUUGUUGGAGAAGAGGGAUUGGACUACAGUGGCCCAUCAAGAGAGUUUUUCUUUCUGGUGUCGAGGGAGCUCUUUAACCCUUAUUAUGGUUUGUUUGAGUAUUCAGCCAACGACACCUACACCGUUCAGAUCAGUCCCAUGUCUGCCUUCGUUGACAAUCAUCAUGAAUGGUUUCGUUUUAGCGGCCGUAUUCUGGGUCUCGCUCUUAUCCAUCAAUACCUACUGGAUGCCUUCUUCACACGACCGUUCUACAAAGGCCUAUUGCGAAUCCCGUGUGAUCUGAGUGAUCUGGAGUAUCUCGAUGAGGAGUUUCAUCAGAGUCUUCAGUGGAUGAAGGACAAUGACAUAGAAGAUAUGCUGGAUCUGACCUUCACCGUCAAUGAGGAGGUGUUCGGACAGAUCACAGAGCGUGAGCUGAAGCCUGGUGGUGCAAAUAUCCCGGUGUCAGAGAAGAAUAAGAAGGAGUACAUUGAGCGCAUGGUGAAGUGGCGUAUUGAGCGUGGCGUCGUCCAGCAGACCGAGAGUCUCGUACGGGGCUUUUAUGAGGUUGUAGAUGCGCGGCUGGUGUCUGUGUUUGAUGCACGAGAGCUGGAGCUGGUGAUCGCUGGAACAGCAGAGAUUGAUCUGGGAGACUGGAGGAACAACACCGAAUACAGAGGAGGUUAUCAUGAUAACCACAUCGUGAUCCGCUGGUUCUGGGCGGCAGUGGAGCGAUUCAACAAUGAGCAGAGGCUCCGGUUACUCCAGUUUGUGACCGGGACGUCCAGUAUCCCAUAUGAGGGCUUCGCCUCGCUCAGGGGCAGCAAUGGGCCGCGGCGCUUCUGUGUGGAGAAAUGGGGGAAAAUCACUUCUUUGCCCAGGGCUCACACGUGUUUCAACCGGCUGGAUCUUCCCCCGUAUCCUUCAUUCUCCAUGCUCUACGAGAAGAUGCUGACGGCAGUGGAGGAGACCAGCACUUUCGGUUUGGAGUGAAUGUUGGUCAGAUUUCAGAAACAUUUAAACAAACACCAGAAGCACUUAGACGUGGAUAUAAAUAUAUUUUGUACACCGCAUCACUUAAAAACACUGAAAACAAGGAUGUUUCUCUGACUCAGAUGGGAUUUUUUCCUUCUCGUCGGCCAUAUUGAUUGGCUCUGGAUUUGACAGUGAUUUUUUUGGGGGGGAUUUGAAAUCGAAACUGAUGAAAAUGAGGAACAAACCCAAAGGACUUUGAUACUCUCAUACUCUUUUUAUCUGUAAAGAGACUUUUUUUACAGCGCAUCGAAUCGCAGCGUGAAUGAACAGAUGUUGUGUUUGUUGUGAGCUUUUUUCAAAUCGCCUCAAUCUCACGCCACACACUGUAGGUAUUGACUGCAAAUGUACAUGUUCUCUGUUCUUUUAAUCAUAUUUAUGCAUUAAUCCGUCUCGUAUGUUUGUUUUGACGCCGUAUGCCCUCACAUCUGACACUUAUGAAUGAAUUUGUUUGGUAUAUAGUCUCACAUGUAACGUUUUUUGUUAUGUUACACUGAAGAUGCACUAUAAUAUCAUGAAUGUGAGGAGCACUUGGUGCGGUGAUCAAAUGACCUGAGGUUUUGUUUCGUUGUCCUUGACACAGAUGCAUUACUGAUGAUGAUUUGUAAGAGAAAUUAAGCUUAAGAAACCCUUGAAGUCAACAAGAAAUGAGCAAUUGUUUUGAAUAAUUAAGAUUUUUUAAUAGUUCUGUCAAACGAUUAAUCGGGAUUAAUCACAUUCUAGAGAACAGUUUGUAUUUACAUAAUAUAUACAGGUGUAUUGUGUAUAUUUAUGUAGAUAUGACUAAAUUCACACACACAAUACAAAAAUAUACAAUAGAAAUAUAUUUACUCAUAUGUUUAUAUGUAUAUGUGUGUGUGUGCGUGUGUGUGUGUGUGUGUGUGUGUGUGUGUGUGUGUGUGUGUGUGUAUAUAUACUGUAUAUAUAAAUAUAUAUAGUAUGUAUAUAGGGCAACACGGUGGCACAGUGGGUAGCGCUGGCUCUUCACAGCAAGAAGAUCACUUGUUCGAGCCCUUGGCCAGUUGGCAUUUCUGUGUGGAGUUUGCAUGUUCUCCCCGUGUUCACGUGGGUUUCCUCUGGGUGCUUCGGUUUCCCCCACAGUCCAAAGACGUGUGCUGUAGGUGAAUUGGGUAAGCUAAAUUGUCUGUAGUGUAUGUAUGUAUGUUCUGGUCUUCCAGGUUCGGGGUUGAGCAUUGGUCUAACAACCCACCUCAUAAAAAAAAACUAGAUGUUUCACCCACAGUCCAAAGACAUGCGCUAUUGUGAAUUGAAUAAACUAAAUUGGCCAUAGUGUGUGUGUGUGUGAGAAUGUGAGCGUGUAUGGGUGUUUCCCAGUACUGGAUUGCAGCUGGAAGGGCAUCCGCUGCGUAAAACAUAUGCUGGAUAAGUUGGCGGUUCAUUCCGCUGUGGCGACCCCUGAUAAAUCGGGGACUAAGCUGAAGGGAAAUGAAUGAAUGAAUGAAUAUAAUUUCUGUUAUAUAUAAAUAUAAACAAAUGUUUUACACAAUAUAUUCAUGCAUAUGUUUAUAUACACUGUACGCACAAAUAUAUUUUGUAAAUUUGAACUUUUAUUGUAGAUGUGAUUAAUUGUUUGA